AUGUUCUGGUCCAAGAAACUGAGCAGCAACACUGUGAUUGCGUCUCCUGAGACCAAUCCUCGGAAUCACAGUGGCAAUGGGGGCCGAUCGCAUCAGAAUUUGUUGGCUGAAGCUAGAGCGCAGGUUCGGUUUGAAGAAGAAAGCGACUCUGUUUUCAUGGCUCUCGCAAACUUUGCCGGUAAUGCGAUCCUCGCCGGAGUGGCAAUCGUGAGCGCUUUUGGAAUGGCUACAAUUGUGCUUUGUUUGUAUCUGAUAGUUCGUCCGUUUUCGGUUUCAAUCGCAAGGCGACUAUCAGCUCAGUUAGGAGCUUCCUCGUGGCUGGAUGCUUUAUCAUUGAUCAUGCCGAAUGUGCAGAUAAAACUGACUGGAGACAGUGAUAUUCCCUCUCCUGUGGGUACUUCGAUUUUGGUAUCAAAUCACAUGAUGGAUGGUGACUGGUUCGCAAUUCUAAUGCUUGGUAGAUGUGUUGGUCUCAGAGGCACGAUCAAGGCAUUUUUGAGGAAUGAAAUCCUUAACCUCAACCAACCAUCAGAGCGUUCCCUGACAAGAACAAACUCAACAUCUUCGACGAGGAUGAUGAGGUCUCCUUCUCAUGUCACAGUAAAUGGAAGUCCGCAAAGAACAACGACAAGUAGUGGAACCAGCAAUGGUCGCCAUCCCCACCCUGUCGACUUGUCAUUGGCAGCCAAGUUUUUGCACACCUUUCUCGAGUUUCCUCUUCUCAAUGGCGACGACUACAUUACAGACAGGGAAAACUUGUUUCAGCUCUUGAGAUCCUUUGCUGAUAAUGAUGGCGCUGCAGCUCCAGUGCACCUCCUUCUCUUUCCAGAAGGAUGGUCGUUGUAUAAUGAGGAGAACCGAAAAGAUGUUUUGGCACGAAGCAAUGAAUUUGCCAAACGCGAGAGAAGGCCGCAAUUGAAGCAUUUGCUGCUACCUAAAACGACUGGUUUUAAUGCCAGUCUCGAUAGCUUGCGGGAAUCAAGCCCUGUAGUCUAUGAUGUGACCAUUGCUGGUCGAGGUUAUGAUGGGUCCUUGCCACCAAAAUUUGACCUCUCCAUAAUCAGCUUGUGGAAUCUAUUGCGAAGAGAUUACCCACAACAGGUUCAUGUCCGAAUAAAGCGUUACAGUAUGGAGGAAGUUUUGGCUGAUUCAUCGUGGUUGGACAAGAAAUGGGCCGAAAAAGAUCGUCUCCUGCAUCACUUUGCGAGACAUCAAUCCUUUCCCGCGGAUCGCGGAUUCGCUCGAUACCGUGUAUUUGAAUCCAGAACACAUUCCAUAGAGACAUCGCUUGUUUCUUUGUUCCGGCUGCUGUUGGUUCCCUGCUUCAUCCCCGUGCUAUUGCUACUUUCCAUCCCGAUCGUAUGGACAGUCACGUGGCUUUGGAUAUUCUAUUCAUCUUUCAAGAUUGUUUUUGGAACCGAUGGACGACCUAAUGCCAACACUAGUGAUGGUGGUGCAACACCAAGACCCGACUCGAAUCCUGGUACUCCUUUCGUACCAGCAACACCAUUCGCGUCGCCCAUGCUCAACUGGUAA